AUGGAAGUGGAAGGAGUCGCUACCGCAAAUCUGUCAUGGGACCUUUCAAAGGGACCUGUGCCCCCUCCCCUCCAAAACAAACUCGUUGAUCACUGUCUGUUAGAGCUUUUGCAGUACGCUAACGGGUCUAACCACGCUAUUCUCAGGCUAGUUUUUAAACACCCACAAGUGGGAGCAUCUUCGCGCGCACCUGCUAAUACUCAGGGUGUUAGGAUGGAGCUCGAAGUGCAAGAUGAAGCCGGAACAGGUCCAGUGGAAGGUCAGCUAGUUGUUAAGACUUUUACUUACACAGGAACACAUAGAAAUGCCGCUGUUUCUCAUAUGUUACCCGUUAAGGGCCAAAAGGCUGUUAGACACUUUAUUAACAUUGCUCAGAAGGUUAAGUUGACUCCCUGUGACUUUAACUCACUGAAUUCGGAUACUGUCGGAUGUAGAGACUUUUUAUCGCAGUUCAUCUACCACUUAGAUCGCGGCAAUGUUCUCAAGCUUCCAAACGAUAAGGCCACUAGUGUGUAUGACCUUUUCAAUUGGAAGUACAGUCUGAGCGGUGCAACGAGGGUUCCCACAGUUAUAUAUUAUGCUGCUUUUAAUCAAAACUACCAACAUGUCAACAUCCCUGGAUGUGUUUACCCUGCAGCCGCUGGAGCUGGAGCUGCUGGUGCUGCUGGAGGGGCUAAAUGGGCUAAAGGGGCUGGAGCAGCAGGGCAAUGA